AUGGGGAAAUCUGGGAGUAGGAAAAAGAAGGGUUCAUCUAGCCAAAACCAAAAUCAAGGUUCUACUGGGCAGAAUAGUAAUAAUAACCAUCCACCUGUUGCUAAUGGUGGUGUGGAUUUGGACUCUUCAAUUUUCUUGAGAAGAGCCCAUGAACUUAAAGAAGAGGGAAAUAAGAGGUUUCAGGCUAAGGAUUAUGCAGGGGCUCUCCAGCAAUAUGACUCUGCCCUUAAACUAAUUCCAAAAACACAUCCCGAAAGAGCAGUUUUUCAUAGUAACAGGGCGGCCUGUUUAAUGCAAAUGAAGCCAAUAGAUUAUGAUACUGUAAUUUCAGAGUGUUCCCUGGCACUUGAAGUUCAGCCUGGAUUUGUGCGGGCUCUUUUGCGAAGGGCCCGUGCGCUUGAGGCAACGGGGAAGUAUGAUAUGGCAAUGAAGGAUGUGCAAGUAUUGUUAAGUGCUGAUCCUAAUCACAAAGAUGCUUUGGAGAUUGCUGGGAGAUUGAGGAUGGCCACCAUUGGUCCUCGUCAGGAAGCCCAACAGGAUCUCCAGAGUCGCCCGUCGCCUGCUGCUCUUGGUGCCUCUGCUGUCCGGGGGGCUCCAAUUGGUGGUCUUGGACCUUGCUUGCCCGCUCGGCCUGUAAACAAGAAGGCGGCACCUCCAGCUGUGGGGCCUACUACUGUAACAGCAAACCAUAAACUAGACAAGGCUAAUUCAGUUUUGCUUACUGAGAAUGGUGCAGAGGCAAAAUCACAGCUGCCAAAAGUUGUUUUGAAGCCUUCCCAUGGUGCUGCAAAACUGGGUGCCAAUUCAGCUAAAGAUAGCAUGAAGGAUCCCCUAUCAUCAACAUCGAUACCUGUUCUGCAACAUGAAAAAUCCGCAGCAGUUACCACUCAAUGGAGACAGCUGAAGCUUGUUUACGAUCAUGAUAUUAGACUAGCUCAAAUGCCGGUGAGUUGCAAUUUUAAAGUGUUGAGGGAUAUUGUCGGAAAACGGUUCCCAAUGUCCAAAUAUGUCCUGAUUAAGUACAAAGAUAAUGACGAUGAUUUAGUAACAAUAACUAGCACAGCAGAGCUCCGUUUGGCAGAGUCAUUAGUUGAUAAUAAUCUUUGUUCAAAAGACCCCGAUGAUGAUAAUAAGCAAGCAGUUGGGAUGUUAAGGUUGCAUAUUGUUGAGGUGAGUCCCGAACAAGAGCCAGCAUUGUUAGAUGAGGAAGAGGAGAAACCUCCUGAAACCGAGGAGAUAAAAGGUGACGAGAAUGCAUCUGAUUCUUCAUUAGGUGAGUCUGUAGUUGAAGCUGUGGAUAAUGAAGUUGAUAACAAGAAUGAAAAGGAAGAACCAAAAGAGAAAGCUGGAACUUCAGAGGAUCCUGAGUGCAAGGAAGUAGAGAUGGACGAUUGGUUGUUUGAGUUUGCGCAGUUGUUCCGCACGCAUGUUGGAAUUGAUCCAGAUGCUCAUAUUGAUCUUCACGAGCUGGGAAUGGAGCUUUGUUCAGAAGCUCUUGAGGAAACGGUGACAAGUGAAGAAGCUCAAACCCUUUUUGAUAAGGCAGCUCUCAAGUUCCAGGAGGUGGCUGCUCUUGCUUUCUUUAACUGGGGAAAUGUUCAUAUGUGUGCAGCAAGAAAAAGGAUUCCCAUAGAUGACUCAGCUUCGAAAGAGUUCAUGGCUACACAACUUCAAACCGCUUAUGAUUGGGUUAGGGAAAAGUAUUCUCUGGCCAGACAGAAGUACGAAGAGGCUCUCUCCAUUAAACCGGACUUUUAUGAGGGCCUAUUGGCACUAGGGCAGCAGCAAUUUGAAAUGGCAAAACUCCAUUGGUCUUUUGUUUUGGCUAAGAAAGAAGACCUGUCCAAAUGGGAUUCCACUGAGACACUGCAACUUUUUGACAGUGCAGAAGAAAAAAUGAAAGCAGCAACCGUAAUGUGGGAGAAGCUGGAGGAGCAAAGAGCAAAUGACUUAAAAGAUCCGAAUGCAGCAAGCAAGAAGGAAGAAUUAUUGAGAAGGCGGAAAAAGGUUGGAGGAGAAAAUGAAGGCUCAUCGGCUAGUGGUAGUCAUGGGGAACUUACUGCUGAAGAGGCAGCAGAACAAGCCGCUGUUAUGAGAUCUCAGAUACAUCUGUUCUGGGGUAAUAUGCUUUUCGAGCGCUCUCAAGUUGAGUUUAAGUUAGGAUUGGCUGGUUGGAAGAAAAAUUUAGAUACUGCAGUCGAAAGAUUCAAGCUUGCUGGAGCUUCUGAAACCGACAUUGCAACCGUCUUGAAGAAUCAUUGCUCCAAUGAAGAAGCCAUCGUAGAAAGACCAGAGGAGAAACAGGUAAAGGAUCUGAAUGAAGGGGAGGGUAAUGAAGGAAAUGGGGCCAAACAGACUGCAGGUGACUGA